UAUAGGUUGGGAAAUUCGAAGAUCUACUCACAUAUUACGUAAGUCCCGAACAGGAAAGUAUCAAUAGGCCAAUCGGGUAAACGUACGACUCACAAAGUCUUAACUAAAUGAAAAGGUCCAUUUCCACUUGAUAGUGGGAUAGUUAAGUCUCCCCGGAUUGGUCUCCUGAGAAAACGCAGGACAAGGUUGCUUUUCCUCCUCUUGCUUUUUAUACGAGGUUGCUUCUCCUCCUCCUUUUGUCCAAAAGCCAUGGCAGAAGAAGAGCAAGACACGGCUCCACUCUUGCAGAUCCGACAAUCUGCAGAGCCAUCUGUUCGAAGAACUGGGAAUGUCGGGACAGCUGUGGCACACAUAAUAACUGGGGUGAUAGGGUCAGGGGUGCUAUCUCUUGCAUGGAGCAUGGCUCAGUUGGGGUGGAUUGCUGGUCCAUUAACUAUGGUGGCCUUUGCCUCCAUCACCCUCACCUCCACCUUCCUCCUCUGCAACUCAUACAGGACUCCCAACCCUGAACACGGGCCUCAUCGCAACCGGUCUUACCUUGAAGCCGUCCAUAACAAUUUAGGGGAAAGAAGAGCAUGGAUUUGUGGCAUUUUUGUACAAAUAGGCUUAUAUGGCCUUGGAAUCGCAUAUACAGUGACUUCUGCUAUCAGCAUGAGAGCGAUCCAGAAGUCAAACUGCUACCACAGAGAAGGGCACAAGGCACUGUGUGAAUACGAGGACACUUCGUACAUGCUUCUCUUCGGAGUUCUUCAAAUCGUGUUGUCUCAAGCACCCAAUUUCCACAACAUAAAGUGGCUUUCCUUUGUUGCUGCGGUCAUGUCUUUCACGUAUUCUUUCAUAGGACUCGCUCUUGGGCUCGCCAAAGUAAUUGGGCACGGUUAUGUUCUUGGGACCAUUGGAGGGGUGUCGGCUUCUUCUGCCGUGGAGAAAGCAUGGCUAAUCUCUCAAGCACUCGGAGACAUUGCGUUUGCCUAUCCCUACUCGAUUGUGCUAAUUGAAAUUCAGGACACGCUGAAGUCUCCCCCGCCGGAAAAUGAGACCAUGAAAAAGGCCUCGACGAUUGCACUUUCCAUCACGACCUUCUUCUACCUCUGUUGUGGGGGAUUUGGCUAUGCAGCUUUUGGGGAUGCCACGCCUGGGAACCUCUUGACAGGUUUCGGGUUUUAUGAGCCGUAUUGGCUCAUCGAUUUCGCAAACGCCUGUGUCGUGCUUCAUCUCGUGGGAGGCUAUCAGGUUUAUAGCCAGCCUCUCUUUGCAAAUACCGAAAGAUGGUUCGAAAAGAAGUUCCCCAGAAGUGGAUUUGUCAACAGAAACUACGAGCUGAAGCUUCCGCUGUACUCUCCACCUUUACAAAUAAACUUCCUCCGACUCUGUUUUCGGACUGUUUAUGUCGCAUCGACAACUACUAUUGCCAUGAUAUUCCCUUAUUUCAACCAAGUUAUAGGGGUGCUCGGAGGCCUCAACUUUUGGCCAUUAACAAUAUAUUUUCCGGUCGAGAUGUACUUGAAGCAGAGGAAAGUUGAAGCAUGGACACGAAAGUGGAUCACUCUGCGUAUCUUCAGCGCUGUCUGCUUUUUCAUGGCGAUAUUCGCUUUGACCGGGUCGAUGGAAGGACUCUUAAGUGCCAAAUUAAGUUAGCUUUACAUGGUUCCAGCAUACCUCCUUUUCCAAUUUCUUUUCUCUUCUCGAGCACAAGGAAAUAAUCAUAAAGCUGCCAGAAUCUGGAUACAUUAAACAGCACAAUACGUCUUCUGCUGUGCACCUUAACUCAAUUCUUUCCCUUGUUUUCAUUAUGCUCCAAGUAUUGUCCUUACAACGACGUAGACUGAAUGAUCUGGGUUUUUUA